AUGAGCGAGGACGAGGACGAGGACGCCUCGAAGCUCGCCGCGCUUCAGGCCGAGCUCGCAACGCUCCGGCUCAAGGCGAAGGAGGGCGGCAAGCUGAGCGGCAAGGACAAGCGCCAGCUCAAGAAGCUCGAGGCGGCCGAGGAGCGGUGGAAGGAGUACGCCGCCGUCGCCGCGCCCAGUGCGGAUGGCGACGAGGGCUCGAGCGGCGGCGCGAUCGGCGCGCAGUUUGUGGCGACCUCCGACGGAGGCAGCCGCGUGGUGCAGAGCGCGUCGUCGCUCGGCGACGGCCUCGAGAUCCCGUCCUUCUCGAUCCGCGCGGGGAGCGUCGAGCUCUUCACCAACGCGCGGCUCUCGCUCAAGAAGGGGCGCAAGUACGGCUUCCUCGGCCCGAACGGCAGGGGCAAGUCCACCCUCCUCGCGCACAUCGCCAACCGCGCGCUCGCAAACAUCCCGGCCGGCCUCUCGAUCCUGCUCGUGGCGCAGGAGGCGCGCGCGUCGUCGGCGUCGGCGGUGGAGGUGAUCCUCGCGUCGCACGAGGAGCGGCACGCGCUGGCGGCCGAGGAGGCGCGGCUCGAGGCCGACCUCGAGGCGGCGGAGGGCGACGAGGCGGCCGACGCGGCAGCAAUGCGGCUGCUCGAGGUGUACGAUGCGCUCGAGGCGCUCGGGCGGGACUCGGCGGAGGCGCAGGCGCGGGCGAUCCUCUCCGGCCUCGGCUUCAGCGCCGCGCAGCAGGACGGGCCCACCGAGGCCCUCUCGGGCGGGUGGAGGAUGCGGCUAGCCCUGGCCAAAGCGCUCUUCCUCAAGCCCUACGAGCCCCGCGUCCUACAGCUGCACCUGGCCGAGUCGAAGCUGACGUGCCUCAUCGUCUCGCACGACCAGCACUUCCUCAACUGCGUCGCCACCGACAUCCUGCUGCUCGACAGCAGAGAGCUUCACGCGUUCGACGACACCGACUACGACGGCUUCAAGAAGAAGCACGCCUCCUUCGUCGCGCAGCGACGCAAGAAGGCCGAGGCGGCGCAAAAGGAGGCCAGCCGGCUGCAACGCGAGCUGUCCAAGGGUGGCGGCGCGGGGGCGACAAAGUCGGGCCGCCGCGUGGCCAAGGAGCGGCUCGAGGAGAUCAAGGCGACCGCGCCGGCCUCGACGCGAGAGUAUGCGGUCAAGUUUGCGAUCGAGGCUGCGGCGAGGAAGCUCAACCCGCCGCUCAUCACGAUGGAAGCCGUGACGUUUGGGUACGGCCCGCGCCUCCUCUUCCGCGGGCUCGGCUUCGACCUCUCAAUGGACUCGCGCGUCGCGCUGGUGGGGCCAAACGGCUGCGGCAAGUCCACCUUUCUCCAGCUGCUGGAGGGCUCCCUCACGCCCGACGAGGGCGUCGUCGAGCAGGCAAACGGGCGACUGCGCAUCGGCCGCUACUCGCAGCACUGGGUCAACCAGCUGCCGGGCGGCGUCUCGCCGGUCGAGCACCUCUUCUCGCUGCUCGGGGAGAGGCCGGAGCGAGGCUCGCCCCUCUACCAGCAAGUGCGGCAGGAGCUCGGCGAGAAGGGGCUGCCCUCCUCGGCCCACGACCUCAAGAUCAAGGACCUGUCGGGCGGCCAAAAGGCGCGCGUCGCCUUCGCAGCAAUCUCGACGGUGCGGCCGCACGUGCUCCUGCUCGACGAGCCGACCAACCACCUCGACAUCGAGUCGGUCGACGCGCUGGUCGACGGGAUCAACGGCUUUGAGGGCGGCGUCGUGGUCAUCUCGCACGACCGGCGGCCGCUGCGGACGACCCUCGGUCCCGCCGCCGUUCUGCUUAGUCCGGAGCGGCUGCUGCAGACGACCAACUGCGCCCUCUGGUACUGCGACCGCGCCAAGCAGUCCAUCUACCCGCUCGGCUGCGAGUUCGACGCGUACGAGGCCGCUCGCCGAGAUGCGCGCGUCCUCAAAGAGAUCGCCGCGAGGCACGCGGCGGACGAGGAGCGGGCGCAGGCGCGCGCGAUGCUGCGCAAGAAGAGGCGCGACGAGGCUCGGCGGCGUGCCGACGCCGCCGCCAAGAAGAAGGCGGCGCGCGCGACGUGACGAGCAGGAGCGCGCGGCACCGGCGGGAGCGCGUGGCACCGGCCGGCGACGUACGAGCUGGUCCCUCCUAGCACCUGAUUCCUGAUACAAGGUGGUAUACGCUC